UACAGGCUUUCAUACGGGGCCCAGGCUGGGGCUGUGGGAGUGAGGGGGCAGUGCUCAGCUUGGGGAUUAGUCCCUGGCAAGACCAUGGCCUUCAGGGGGCCUGAACCCUGGGUUCCUGCAUCCCUGCAAUACCAGAGGCUGAAGGCCGAGGAGAAGGAGCUGGAUCUGGAGUUCGAAGUCUUGAGCGUGGGGUUUAAUGAGGAGGGCAGAUAUGCCCUGCGGCUUACAGCUGAGAACCCCCUGCAGGCCGGCUCUGGGGCUGGGGUACUGUUGCAGGUAAAUGAUGGGGACCCCCUCCCUACCUGCUCUGCUGUCACCGAUGUCAUUAAGCAGCAGGAUCCUGGCCAGAACCUCGCCCUUACCGGGAACAAGUUUGUCUUUACUUUGCCCAAAGGGUUCUGCAAGAACGACUGGCAGCACGACGCGCAGCUGCGCGUCGAGGCGCUGCGACUGGGCGGGGCCUCGGGACACCCCGCCCAGCGAGUGGGCGAGGCCAUCUUCCCGGUCUUCCCGCGCCCGGACCAGCCCCGCAUGAACCUGUGGGCGCGGGAGCACGAGGACCUGUACCGCUACUGCGGCAGCCUGGCCCUGCUGCGCGCCAGCGCAGACCCCACGGCCCGCCACUGCGGGGGCCUGACCUACAGCGUGGCCUUCCGCGAGCACCGGGCCCCUCAGCCUCCAGCCCCAAACUGCCCUCCAGGGGCCGGCCAGCCAGGACCCGUGUCAUCACGCCCAGAGCCCCAGCUGCCCAGGCUGCAGCAGCUCUCACUGAAUACCAUGGUCCUUCAGGCCCUGAGUCACAAGCUGGUCACUGAGAGCCCAGAGGAGCCCCUGAACACCUCACAGAGUGUGGAAUCUGUCACCAGCCACCUGUCUCCCCCUAAUAAGGAGACCAUCAUGGUCACUCUCCACGGGGCCACCAACCUACCCACCUGCAAGGAUGGCUCUGAGCCGUGGCCAUACGUGGUAGUGGAAACCACAUCUGAGGAUGUGAAGGACCAGAACGCCAAGGCAGUCACGUCUGUGACCACAGAGCCCACCAUAGCCCCCAUCUGGGGGGACACGGUCAAAGUGGAGCUCCAAACUGAGGAUGCGGGACAAGAAGAUAUGGUCCUCAAGGUGAUGGACAAUAAAAAUAAAGAGGAGCUAUUGUCCUAUCAAAUCCCCAUCAAAUACCUGAGUCUCUUCCACCCCUACCACUUUGAGCUGGUGAAGGUCUUUCUCCGGGGAAUCAACGAGCCCCUGGUCAACAACUCUGACCCCAUGGUGGUCAUUGCCAGGGUGGUUCCCAACUACAGUGAUUUUAAGGUCAAUCAAAUGAAGCAGGACCCAGCCUUCGUGGGGCUGCCCAUCACCCCACUCCCCUUCCCAAUCCCGUCUCUUCUGCACUUGGAUGUUCCUCGGGUCAGCCAGAACGGGUGUCCUCAGCUGUCCAAGCCUGGGGGACCCCCAGAGCUGCCCUCAUGGAAUCAGUCCUUCCUCUUCCAAGACCGAGACGGAGCCACCAACUUCUCGGAAGACACAGCCCUGGUGCUGGAGUUCUACCCCUCGACUUCCAUGAAAGGCAGUGAGCCGUGGACCCUCAGCAAGCCCCUGGGCAUCUCCGUGUUGCCGCUAAAGAACCGUUUGUACCGCAAGAUGCUGACAGGGAAAGGUCUGAAUGGGCUGCAUGUGGAGAGGCUCCCCAUCACUGACACCAAGCUGAAAACCAUAAAUGGUGAGGCCCCCACAGUGGAUAUCUCCUUCCAGCUGCUUUCCUCUGAGGCUCCUGGCUCCGCCACUUGGAGCUGCAGUGAAGCCCUGGCCAGCCUCCUGUACCGGUUCUGGGGACACUGGCGCAUGGUCAGCCAUUUAGCAUGCCGGCUGGCAGACCAGCUGACAAAAACCCUGCAGUUUCUACAGACUCAGAGCUUCAAACCCCACCGCAGCUGCAAGACCAUGCGGGAUGCCAAGCCAGAAAACUUCUUGACACCAGACAACAGCAAGGUUCUGCCCAUCCUAAACCCCAAGAUCUUAGAUGAGAAGCUGGGUACCAUCCAUGCGUCCAACACCCUGGUGAGCUCUACAAUGGACUGUAGCACAUCCGCCUCUCAGGAAGCAGAGGAAGAAUCUCUGGUGCCCAAGAUGUCCCACGAAAUGAGGAGGUUGGAGCAGAUGUUCCGGGGUCCCUUGGGGCCCCUGCACUGUGACUGGGGCCAUGGUCUUGCCUUUGGCCCCCUCCAGGAUGAGGUCUGCAGGCUGGUGAGGCUGAGAGGCUCAGACCAGGCCCUGCUCCUCAGGCACCACCUGGUGGCAGGUGAUGGGUCCUGA